AUGUCCCAACGUGCUCCACCCCCCGCACGAGACCCAAUGUCUCCGCCAGACAGGCCACAUCAUGUCACGGUUCAAGGUACACGAUCACCACAUCGAUCCGAGGGCACCUCAUUUCGGCGCGCAGCUGCUCCAACAAGCGAUGGUCGGGUCAGUGGGGAGCUUGAAGGAAGCACCCUAGGGAGUAGUUCCCGCGACGGGGAUCGAAGAACUCCGAACCCGCGGCGGACCCAGAGCUCUGGCGGCUUCUUGCUCGACUCUUUACCUCGUGCAAGCAGUAUCAGAAUCGGUUCACUUCGCUCUCGCCCAUCAGAGCGCCCAUCAGAGAAACGGAAUACCCCCGAGCCCGAUAUCGUGGUGCACAAGAAACGUUCACGAUUACCAUGGUCUCGCCACAAGACCUCUGCCUCCGAGUCGGCUGCGACCCCUUCCACAUCCUCACCGCAGAACACACAGCAACUUCCGACGCCCUACCGAGAAGACCAGCAAUCUGAGACCUCCCCAUCGCCCCAACCACAAACCCAAGAGUCAGAGCGGACUACGACCGGCCUUGAUCGAGAUUCUUUACAGAUUGUGAACUUGGCUUUGAACUUGAAUGAAUCGCGAAGAAGAAAUGUCUCUGGAUUUCCAUUGGGAUCUACUGGACACAGGCCAUUAUCUGUGUCUCAGUCUUUGAAUGCGCCAAUAAUGCAUGGUUCAUCCUCAAGGGAAAACCGUUCAUCGCAAGACCAUCCAUAUCGCAAUUAUGGCCAGUUUUCGGAAGAUGAACCUCUACAAACACAAGCUCAGGGACAAUCUCCAGUGGUAAACUUCUUACCCGCAGCUGUGGUGAAUGACAAUAGAGCAUACGAGUUCUCAGAUAGCACGCUUGCCCGUGCAGAGAAGGCUCGUCGCCAUUUUGAUCUCUUCCAUGAAUACUUAAGGCUCCUGCCUCUGCUGCCACCUCUUCGGAAUGGCCCAUCUGUUGACGGCGCCGAUUCUUCAUCUAUGUCAAGUCCCAAUGUGAUAAAUAAUCGGGAGUAUAAUCCAUUGCAGAUGGUUCGGAACAGACGAGUCAGAUAUCGGGAGAAAUGCCCCAUCAAUGCAGAAGCAGAAGGCUGGCAUGAAACUGGGAAAGUGCACGAAUGGAUAAACACCAUCGAGAAACAGUAUCAAAAUAAGGUCUUUGAUGAAACACAGUCCAUCAAGCUUCCCGAUUUCAAACACAGUCAUCAGCGAGUCCCUGUAGGAGAAGCUGAAGACCACGAGAUGAUCGCUGGCUCUCCCCCAUCAAGUCUAAGACAUGUUAGUCGCACAAAUAGUGUGAAGGCACCUAGGCUACGUCUUGACUGGAAAACCUCUCCUGCAGAGCUAAUUGCAGAUGCUGCCUGGGUUGAAGACAUUGCAAACAAAGCCAAGAUUGUUGACAAAAAUGGUAGCAAGAUAUACCCUGAUCCGAUGGAACUCAUCAUGGUGGACUCGAACCCGGAACAUGCUGCAGCUAAGAAAGGACAAUUGUCAGUUGACAUGGAAAUUUCUGCUGACGAUGGUCUUUCUUCUCGUCAUACAUCGUUGUCAAGUCAUCAUCCGGCCCGCGCCCAUGAAUUUAAGAGUGUGGGCCGGGGCCGCCAGAAGCAUAGAUUCCAAACUCAUGCUCAAGGAUCAAGAAGCCGCAGUGUCUCCAGUUCCCGAAAACGCUCACGAUGGGAUAAAAUGAAAAUGCGGGCGGGUAGCAUUUCAAGUGAUUCCAGUGGGGAUGAGCGUAGAUUCGUGGACUGGAAGCACCGCACUUUGGAGCAUUCUCGACGAGAUUUGGAAAAGCUCCUUCACCGCACUUUGCCAGACGAGAAUCAGAAAUCCCGCAACAAGUUGGCAGUUGCAGGUACUUUUAAUGCAGACCGCAAUCCGCCACACUCCUCUCAGCCUCUAUCUAUCAACACUAAAGCGCGCCGCGCGGCCAGGAAAGCUUCACUGUCUUCAACAGGGAGUCUUGAUGAUCGAUAUAAUCCAGGGGCUUCCUUUGAAGGAAUGGAAAGCACUGCACCGAAUUCUCCUGCGCAGGUGGCUUACUUCCCCAGUAUCGCCGUCAAUCUGUCACCACCUUCAAGUCGAUCUCCCUCACCAGCAAAGAAAAGCCUUCGUCACAAAAUCGUUGCCCGUCAUGAGCGAAGCAAGAGUAAGCAAGGGGACCGGGAGUUCCGCGACUUCGAGGUGGACAGCCCUAUUCCUGAAGUACCGACUCCGGGUAUAUUCUCGCCUUCGUCUGAACAGACCGAAUCUACAUCCAAACUUGAGCCAAGUCCUCUUCCUGAUAUCAUGUCGUAUGCCGACGAUCAAGGGAAUGAAGUCAGUAAAUUGGAUUCUUCCAGAGGGCGCAAAGGUCAAAAUUUGCCUGAAUCUAAGCUUCGUGGAAUUUUCAAAGGCCCAAGCCGGAUUGCAGAGCGCGUUGGGAAUGAAGUUUCUAAGGUUGGGGAUUUCAUUUUAAAGAAAGAUCUACCCAUAGACUCCCGAAAAUCUUCAUCUGCAACCACUCUUGCGUCUGACUCAAGUGAUUCUGAAGACGACGAAAGAAGAUUGGAUAAGCGCUCUGGCCCCAAGGGCCUUUUGCGACGUCUACCAAAUAUUGCAGAUGAGCCUGGGCGUCUUAUUCGUCGAGAUUCAGACAAAGGCACCCCUCCGAGAAGCCAUGUGCCAACACUUCCAAACUUCACAUCACCAUUGAGGCAGGAUGGUCGAGGUGGAUCGGCUGAGGCAGUGGAUCUCGGUAGUUCUCGCGAGCGUGAACGUGAAGGAGCACCUGCAUUACGAGAUGGAUCUAACAGAAUUGGUUUAUCUCGAAGCAAGACAUUCGAUUCUGGCCCUUCCUUGUCCUCAAGCCGGGGUCACACCAAGCUACAAGGGAUCAAGGACCCUUCAAUACCCUACGGCAUGCUUCGCCCACCCGUAACUGGGCUUGCCCAAGCAUCACCCGGAUCUCCUACAGAGAAGAGACCGCCUCUCACAAGUGAUACAAGUUCAUGGAGUAUUUCGGGUCGCAGCCUGCAAACACUCAAAGACUCAGGCAUUCCAAGAAAGGCAGAAGUGGAAAGAACCAGCACCCUGAUUCUCUCAUCUGGCAUCAAAGCGCGUGAGAUCAUACGAAGAGCUCAUAGUAUACGCGAUCCACCCGCGCAUUGGCUGCAGAGCUCUUUCGGAUCCACUGCAUCUAUCCCCCGAGUACCCAGGAUUGGUGAAUUUGACCUGGCCGCCCAGAACUUCCUGCGCCGCUUCGAAAUAACACAAUACUCUUUCCAACAAUCCAUGCAUCAUUUCACCACCGCUACCUCAUCGCCCCUUCGUUCGCAGUUAAAGGACUUGGAAACUCUCAUUAACCAAACCCUCACGCCCCGUGUACGAGCUACUGCUGAUGAAGCGGAAGACCUAUGCGUUCAACUUAAUACAACCAGCACACUUGCGGUCAAGUCGCUCAGCGAUGCCCUCGACAAAGGAAUUCGCAAGCGUCGUCGUCGAAUGAGGUGGGUUCGACGAACUGGCUUCGUCGUACUUGAAUGGGCCCUCGUCGCAGUGCUGUGGUGGGUCUGGUUAAUCGUCAUGGCCUUCAAGCUUGUGCGCGGUGUAUUCCGCGGAGCCAUAUCUGGUGCAAGAUGGAUUCUCUGGCUGUGA